AUGGGGUUUUUCGAUCCCCUUGGGUUGCUGUCGCCGUUUACCAUCCACGGCAAGAUCAUCAUCCAGCAUCUCUGGCGUUCCAACUGUGGAUGGGACGAAGAAAUCGACGAAAAUUCCUGGACGUUGUGGCAGCGGUGGAUUAAUUUGUUGCCUGAGGUCGAAACUAUCCGGAUUCCUCGCUGUCACAUCGGAGGCGCCAAGUCCGCUGAAGUCGAUUCCCUGGAAGUCCACAUCUUCACCGAUGCCAGCGAACACGCAUACGGCUGCGUAGCCUAUUUGCGAGCGGUAAUUAAGGGUGAGGUCCGCUGCAGCCUGAUGAUGUCCCGGGCCAAAGUAGCCCCGAUAAAGCGGCAGUCGAUUCCCCGUUUGGAGCUGAUGGGUGCCGUUCUGGGUGCGCGAAUGAGCCAGACAAUUCUGAGCAUGAACUCGUACCAGAUUGCCCGCACAGUUUUCUGGACGGAUUCCCGCACCGUGUGUAGUUGGCUCAACUCGGAUCAACACCGCUACAAGCAAUUCGUUGCAUUUCGAGUCGGAGAGAUUCAGGAGCUGACGAAGGUGGCGGACUGGCGAUGGAUUCCGACCAAGCUGAACAUCGCAGACGUGCUGACGAAGUGGGGUCAAGGUCCGCCGUUACAAAGUGAGGGAGAAUGGUUUAGCGGACCCUCGUUCCUAUAUCGGCCGCAAGAACUGUGGCCAACGCUUGAAGUAGGGUACGAAGAGACCAACGAAGAAGCGCGAGGUGUUGUCCUAUUCCACGGGGCGAUCAACGUCGAACCGAUAUCCAGUUGGGCGAAGCUACUGCGAGUGACAGCGACCGUGGUACGCUUCAUCGCCAACUGUCGGCGAAAGAUACGAGGAGAGCCGGUAGUUGCUGCACAGGCUACAGCAAAGCAGCAGCAGCUGAAGAAGACGACGGCAGUGAACUACGAAGCCAUCAAAGCGCCACUUCGGCGAGAAGAGCUCCAGCAGGCGGAGACAAUCCUGUGGCGGCAGGCUCAGUGGGAUAGCUUUCCGGAUGAGAUGAGCACGCUAACCAACAACGUAGCACGACCGCCGGGAGCACGGUUGGAAAGUAUAAAAAAGAGUAGCCAAAUCUACAAAAGUUCACCGGCAUUAGACAACGAAGGGGUACUACGCAUGGAUGGAAGACUGGCAAACAGCGUGGAGAGUUCCUUCGACCAACGGCACCCGAUAAUUUUGUCGCGUUCACACGCGAUAACGCAGAAGCUGAUACAGCACUACCACGAGCAGUUCGGACACGGUAAUUCGGAGACCGUAUUCAACGAGAUGAGGCAGCGGUUCCAGAUCCCGAAAAUGCGUCCAGCGAUUCAUCAGGUAGUAAGCAAAUGCAUCUGGUGCAAGGUCAACAAGUGUCGUCCACGAACACCGAGAAUGGCUCCACUGCCGGUUGAACGGGUAACGUCUAGUCUUCGGCCAUUCAGCUCCGUAGGGUUAGAUUACCUGGGUCCGGUGGAAGUCACGGUUGGCCGGCGAAAAGAGAAGCGUUGGGUGGCAGUCUUCACCUGUUUGGCUGUACGUGCGGUGCACCUAGAGGUUGUGCACAGUCUCACAACCGAGUCGUGUCGGAUGGCCAUCACUCGUUUCCGCAGCAAGUUUGGCAAGCCAAGCCAAAUAUUUUCCGACAAUGCCACUUGCUUUCGCGGAGCGAACAACGAGAUGGUGAAGAUGGACGUCAUCAAUCGCGAGUGUGCAGAGAUCGUGGGCAGCUCAUCUACCGCGUGGCAUUUCAUUCCGCCGGGUACCCCACACAUGGGAGGCGUCUGGGAGCGAAUGGUGCGGUCGGUGAAAGAGGCGAUGCGGGCGCUUGACGACGGGAGAAAGCUCUCGGACGAGAUCUUGGCGACAACUCUGGCGGAAGCGGCGGACAUGAUCAACACGCGUCCGUUGACCUACUUGCCGCAAGACUCUGGGGAAGCAGAAGCACUGACGCCGAACCAUUUCCUACGGGGAACGGUGUCGGGUGCUGACUUGGAGGCGGAACAGUUUUGA